AUGGCGGACGAAAAGAUCGAAUUCGAAAAGAAUGGCCUCAGUUUCUUCGGCCUUUUCAGGCGGGGUUCGCGCGCACAGGCACUACCACUGAUCGUCCUCAUACAUGGCGGGGGAGCGACAUCGGCAUUCUUCGAUAACGCGGUGGUUUCUGUAGUAAACGAGUUCAACAAGCUCGGCCACAACGCUCUCAACAUCUCCCGCCCUGGUUACGGCGGAACUCCCGUGCCGACUAGCUCGACACCCAUACGAGACUCGAUUCCUGUGUUUAUUGACUUCAUCGACCAAGUGCACAAGGAUAAGGGUCAUACAGGGAUCAUCCUUGUGGGCCAUUCGAUCGGAGGCGCUCUAGUUCUAUCCAUCGCCCACGAAGCGCAGGGACGGCUGCCCAUAUUGGGAGUCAGUGCCAUGGGGUGUUUGCCCAGCUUGAAGCCAUUGGGACUACUCGGCGAGACAGACCCCGAACCAGAAAACCCGAGGUACAUCGUCGAGCCUAGUCCGGAGAACAUCAAACGAUUCAUGGGCAGAAUGGAGUGGCUGGACAUCGAUGCGCUGUCCCCGGAGAUUGUCGCGGCAGUCUUCGAACCCGGCAUCAAAUCCGAAAUCAGGGAGUAUCAGACAAGAGAUCUGCACGAGUACUUGCUCGAUACUGUCUUCCCUAGUAUUCGAGUUCCAGUUCAGUAUCUGGCGGCGGAGAAUGAAAUUCUUUGGGAUGACGAAGAUCCUUCGCAAGGAAAAUCGAUAUUUGAUGCAUUGGUAUCGUAUUUCAAGUCUGCACCAGAAGUUGAUUCGGCAAUCCUCCCCCGUGGUGGCCAUAACUAUGAAUUUUCGCAAAAUGUCGGCUUGCUCCUACAGCGCAGGCAUGAGUUUGUUCAGAAAUUGACUGGACGUUCAGAAGGCAAAGGUGACCAGAGUCAAUCUCAACUCCCUUUCACUACGAUUCCCGUCUUGGAUUACGCGCAAAUAACCUCACCUACUACGCGAUCGACAUUCCUGGCAGCGCUGAGGGAUGCCAUCGUCAACGUGGGGUUCUUCUACCUCAAGAACACAAGCGUAUCAAACGAACUAUACCAUGCAUUAUCGGAGCAGUCUUCUGCGCUAUUCGAUCUACCAUUGGAUAAGAAAUUGGAGAUCGAGAUGGUCAACAGCAAACAUUUCCUCGGUUAUUCCCGGCUUGGUCAAGAGAUAACAGCUCUGAAGAAUGACUACCGCGAGCAAUUUGAUUUUGCAACCGAGCUGCCUGCUCCUGAACCCGAAGAGCCCUUGUACCGCAAUAUUCGGGGACCGAACCAGUGGCCAGAUUCAAAUGCCCUACCUAAUUUCCGCCCAACGAUCGAGGGCUAUCUCGACGCCAUUGAAAAGUUGUCAACCUCGUUCAAAUCUCUCGUCGCCGAGGCACUUGACCUGCCCCCGAAUGCUUUUGAUGACUUCUUCGAUGUUCCUUCGCAGAACAAGUUCAAAUUGAUCAAGUACCCAGAGCCUGUCGAUGCUCAUCCGGGUGAAGAAACACAAGGUGUUGGUCCACACAAGGACUCGUGCUUUCUCACGUUCCUCCACCAAGCCACCCCACACACAGGACUGGAAGUACAAAAUAAAGCAGGAACUUGGCUUCCAGUACACCCCAUCCCCGGAACGCUAGUAAUCAACAUUGGCCGCGCCCUUGAAGCCAUCACUGGCGGAGUAUGCACCGCGACAACGCACCGAGUGAAUCUGCGCCGAGAAAAUUAUCUUGAUAAAAAUGGACUGCCACUCGGCCCGCGCUUCUCGUUCGCGGUUUUCCAAGGUGUGAGUCUCGAUUUGGGCGUUGAGAAAAUCCACAUCGAUAUCCCAGAUCAUAUCAAAGAGUUGGUGAAAGAUGAGAAGGUACGAUCCGAUGCUGAGGCUACUUUCAAUGAGAUGUUCAAUGGCAGUAUUGGCGAGGGGACUCUUAUUGCUCGUAUUACGAGUCAUCAGGAUGUUGCUCAGCGGUGGUAUCCCGAUCUUUUGAAGCAGGCAUUGGAGGCCCAGCAAGGGAAACAUUGA